UGUAUUUUCCAACAGCUGGCAGCACGUAGCAGAACUGAGCGAGCGAAUUGUGAGGUUAAUGAAUACAAAAUUUUUUUAAUAUCUCGUAUGUACGUUAUCGCGUAAAAUAUAAUUUUCGGUUAAUAACGCGAUCGUAUGAUAACGACGAACUAUUCUACGUGAAACAUAAUGCUGUUUCGAUGUCUCUCGGGUGUUCGUACUUUCUUCAGCGUCGUAAGUGCCGAAGCGUGUAUACAAUGCAGUAAAAGUAAAAUUAUCACGUUUAAUCGACCAACGCGAAGUCUGUCUACAACGAACGUACAAUGUUCUACCGUUGGUGAAAUUAUUGAACAAUGGAGCGACCGGUUUAAGAAGGAAGGUAUUCCAGAACCCGUAGAAUCGAUCGAGCACAUUGUUGCGCACGUCAUAGGCACUAGCAAGAUAUUAGACGUUGCAAACGCGCGAAAUGAACAACUUACGUCAGAUCAACGUGAUACACUGGAUUCGUUGUGCGAGUGCCGGUUAUCUCGAAUGCCGGUUCAGUACAUAAUAGGGGAAUGGGACUUCCGAGAUAUUACUUUAAAAUUAGUCCCGCCAGUUUUCAUACCAAGACCGGAAAGUGAAAUGUUAGUUCAUUAUGUCUUGAAGGCACUGAAUUCUUCCGAAAAUAAAGAACAAGAAAUUUUAGAAGUUGGAUGCGGUUCUGGCGCCGUGUCUCUCGCGAUUGCACAUACAAUAACAGACAAAACAGUUAAUUGUGUAGCAAUCGAUUCAAAUCCAGACGCGUGCGAAUUAACUAAAGAAAAUCGAGACAGAUUAAAUUUAAAAGAUCGAGUUGCAGUUGUGCACGCAACGCUUAAAGACAAUGGUUCGAUAGAACUAUCGAAUAUAUUGAGUGGACCGAAUGAUAUCGAUUUGAAUUCGAAGACUUUCGAUCUCAUAGUUAGUAAUCCUCCUUAUGUACCGACCAAACAAAUACCUACAUUAACUCCUGAAAUUAAAAUUUACGAAGAUUUAACAGCACUUGAUGGAGGAGAUGAUGGCUUAAAAGUUAUUAAACCUUUAUUAAAGUAUGCUGCCACAGCUUUAAAGCCGGGAGGUCGUUUGAUUUUAGAAGUUGAUCCAAGUCAUCCUGAAUAUAUACAAUUUUUUACAAAAAAGUAUCCCGUUCUUAAACUUCAGUAUGAACAUACCUACAAAGAUUUUUGUAAUAACGAUCGAUUUGUUGAAAUACUGAAAAUCUCGUAAAACGGUUUGAUAUGUAAAUAUUUUUUAGAAUAAAUAAAUAAAAAUAUAAUAUAAUAUGUAAUUAAAAAUAUCAA